AAACAAAACAAAACAAGAAAAAGAAGUUGUAAGAAGAAAACAUUUGCUCAAAAGUUAAUUAAGAUGCGUCUGCCAUAUCGCAACAAGAAGGUGACACUAUGGGUCCUCAUCGGCAUCAUUGUCAUCACCAUGUUCCUAUUUAAAUUCACCGAGUUGCGUCCAACAUGUCUAUUCAAGCUGGAUGCCUCGAAUGAAUUGGUUGCCUCGCAAAUGGUACGCGUUGAGAAAUACGUCACAGAUGACAAUCAACGGCAGUAUUCAUACAACCGUGAGAUGCCAUUAAUAUUCAUAGGCGGUGUACCCAGAUCUGGGACGACAUUGAUGCGCGCCAUGUUGGAUGCUCAUCCUGAUGUGCGCUGCGGGCAGGAGACUCGCGUCAUUCCGCGCAUUCUACAACUCCGUUCACAUUGGCUAAAGUCCGAAAAGGAGUCACUCCGCCUGCAGGAGGCCGGCAUUACCAAAGAGGUCAUGAACAGUGCCAUUGCACAAUUUUGCUUGGAAAUCAUUGCGAAACAUGGUGAGCCGGCGCCGCGCUUGUGUAACAAGGAUCCGUUGACGCUGAAAAUGGGUUCCUAUGUAAUCGAGCUAUUUCCCAAUGCAAAAUUUCUAUUCAUGGUGCGCGAUGGGAGGGCGACAGUUCAUUCGAUUAUAUCUCGCAAGGUGACAAUCACCGGCUUCGAUUUAACCAGCUACCGCCAGUGUAUGCAGAAGUGGAACCAUGCCAUUGAGGUGAUGCACGAACAGUGCCGUGAUAUUGGCAAGGACCGUUGUAUGAUGGUUUACUAUGAGCAGCUCGUUUUGCAUCCGGAGGAAUGGAUGCGUAAAAUAUUGAAAUUUCUGGACGUGCCAUGGAAUGAUGCGGUAUUACAUCAUGAAGAGUUUAUCAACAAACCGAACGGUGUGCCAUUAUCAAAAGUGGAACGUUCGUCGGAUCAGGUGAUUAAGCCAGUUAAUCUGGAAGCUUUGUCCAAAUGGGUCGGCCAGAUACCCGGAGACGUUGUACGAGAUAUGGCCGAUAUAGCGCCCAUGUUGUCUGUAUUGGGCUACGAUCCGUAUGCGAAUCCGCCGGACUACGCUAAAAGCCAAUCGAAUAUUGUGGGAAAGUAAGGCCAAGAAAGUGCUGCAAAUGGAUACCAAAUCAAAUGAGGACAACACAAAUAAUAUAUAUA